UUGAUCAGAGCUGAAGAAAUGCCGGUUGCAGUGGAAACAGUGCCCAGGGUGCCUCUCCCUCUACCGACCCACUUCUCCCACGCGGAGCAGUCCUUCUCGCUCAAAAAGCGCCGGCUGCCGUUUUCCUCCUCUUCUUUGUCCCCGUCGUCCUGCUCCUCCCCUGCUCGGCUUUCACACUCUCUCCCCCCACUGCCACCGUCCAAAGGAUGCCCCCCUCUAAGCAGGAUGUUCCCCCAGCAUGCCUCCCCUUGGACACCUCUGUCUCAGUCCCUUAGUAAAUCCCCCCCUUCAGAUUCUGUGUAUGAUCCCAGUAAACAAAAGUCCUAUUUCAGUCAGUGUUUUGUUAAUUUGGGCCUCAUUGGAAGAGGGUCAUUUGGUGAAGUCUACAAGGUGCACUGUCACGAAGACGGCCAGCUGUAUGCAGUCAAGCGCUCGGCUCACCGCUUCAGAGGGAACGGUGAAAGGAACCAAAGUUUAAAGGAAGCCAGAAACCAUGAGCGGAUUAGUCCCCAUCCCCACAUCCUGAAGUUUGUGGCAGCCUGGGAGGAGAGUGGCCGACUGUUCAUUCAAACAGAACUGUGCAGCACGAGCUUGUUGGUCCAUGCCGAGCACAAGCCUUCAGGAACAGAUGAGUCUGCAGCAUGGGCCUACCUGUGCGACCUGCUGUCUGCACUGCAGCACCUGCACUCUCAUGGAUUUGUCCACCUGGAUCUCAAGCCAGCCAAUGUCCUCAUGACUGACUCUGGUCGUCUGAAGCUGGGGGAUUUUGGACUACUGCUGGAGCUCAAGCAGACGCACAACAAGCCCAAAGAGGCAAAAGUGGAAGAUGAUUUCCAGGAAGGAGAUCCUAGAUACAUGGCUCCUGAGCUGCUCCGGGGGGAGUAUGGACCGGCUUCAGAUGUUUUCAGUUUGGGCGUUUCACUUUUGGAGCUUGCCUGUAAUAUUGAAGUUCCAAAUGGAGGUGAAGGAUGGCAGCAGCUCAGACAGGGCCAGCUCCCCUCAGAAAUUACCAACGGCCUGUCUGCUGAGCUGCUGUCAGUCCUGAAGAUGAUGUUGGCGCCAGAGCCGUCUGACAGGCCCACAGUCUCUGAGCUUCUUUCCCUACCCUCUGUCAGGAAACGCAGGUUGAAAAGGAACAUUCAUCUCCUGGUCACGGAAACUCUGCUAAUGUUAGCCUCCCUUUGCAAGUUUGUGGUGUGCCUUGGGUGUAGAUUCCUCUCCUCCUUUCAUUUAUCUUUCCUACCCCAUUGGACCAAGCCAGUUCCCUGCACUCCUCCUAAGAAUAGCUGGGAUGGGGAUUUAACAAUGUCCCUUGGUACCAGUGCCCUGCAAACUGACCCAGGGAGUCUAGAGGAUGAUGCAGUCUUUUUGCAUAACACAGACCAAGAUCUUUCCCCCACCUUCUUAAACAGGGUCAGGUCCAGACUGUCUGUGGAAAGCACGUCCACUCCUCUUCCGGGAUCACCAAUGCACAGACAUGAAAGUUCUGCCCACACCUCCACUUGCUCGGUUUUGGGUGACUGGUCCUCCUGUAAUUUAGCCCUGACCCGCUCCAGCAUCCACUCAAAUGGUUCCUGUCUCACACUCACACCCAGUGCAAGCCCCAUACAUGCUGGGUGUCUCACACCCACCUCAUCUACCAAAUCUUCAGAGCAAAAUGGUCACAGCUGGGCUCGAACAGAAGAACCCGCAACCCGGUCCAACUUUGAACCAAAGAACCUACUCAAUCUGUUUGAAGAAACGACUCUAGACGGACAUCCAUGA